AAGGAAGUGCGUCAUUGCAGGGCGGAAGUGCAACCGAGGAGACGAAUUCGGUGUGAAGCGGCCACGCGGGAAGAUCGAGAGGAAAAAGAAUGAAAUUUAAUUUCAGGUUCUCGAACCUACUGGGGACAGUUUACCGCCAUGGAAACCUUAGCUUUUCGCCAGAUGGAAACUCUGUCAUCAGUCCAGUUGGAAAUCGCGUCACGGUCUUUGAUCUGAAAAACAACAAGGCCGAGACAUUGCCUUUGGCUGCUCAGCGGAACAUUGCUUGUGUUGGGCACUCUCCCGAUGGACACCUCGCAAUCCUUAUCGAUGAAGAUGGUGAUGGGUUGUUGGUCAGCCUGAUCAGUAAAGCUGUGCUGCAUCGAUUUCACUUCCACGCCCGGGUUCACAGUAUCAGCUUCUCGCCUGAUGGCAGGAAGUUUGUUGUGAGUAAGAAUAACGUUGUUCUGAUGUAUCAUGCUCCUGGCAAGAGCAGGGAGUUUAACCCCUUCGUGCUGGACAAGACCUACUUCGGACCCUACGAUGAGACAACAUGCAUCGACUGGACUGAUGACUCAAAGUGUUUUGCAGUUGGCAGCAUGGACAGCAGUACCUGGGUGUUUGGCGCUGAGCGCUGGGUCAAUCUCAUUUACUACUCACUCAGUGGGCACAAAGACACCAUCGUUUCCUGCUUUUUUGAAGAGAAGAGUUUGGACAUCUACACGCUGAGUCGAGAUGCUACCCUGUGUGUGUGGCAGUGUGAUACAGAGCCUGAGGGCCUGCAGCGCCAAUUCCCAAAGAGCAAGGACAAAACACAGACUGAUCAAAGUCAAGAACUCGAAGGGCAGAGUGCAGAUAUCAUUCAGGGAAAAGCAGAAUCAGAGCAAGAGAGGAUUGGGAAAGUGAAAUAUUCUCUUGUUGGCAAGCAUUAUUUCAAUAAAGAGAAGGAUUUCAAUGACCUGACAGCUGCUGCCUACCACAAGAAAACCCACCUCCUGGUCACGGGGUUUGCUUCAGGAAUAUUUCACCUCCAUGAGCUGCCAGAGUUUAACCUCAUCCACUCGCUCAGUAUUUCAGACCAAAGGAUCGAGUCCAUUUCUGUGAAUGUGUCCGGGGACUGGAUCGCAUUUGGAUGUCCAGGUCUGGGGCAGCUCUUGGUGUGGGAGUGGCAGAGUGAGUCUUAUGUGUUCAAACAACAAGGGCACUUCAACAACAUGGUCACACUGUCGUACUCUCCAGAUGCUCAGUACAUCGCCACGGGGGGAGAUGACGGCAAGGUGAAAGUUUGGAACACGAGCAGUGGUUUCUGUAUUGUGACCUUCACUGAACACACAAGCGCUGUCACUGCAGUGACCUUUAACUCCACAGGUUUUGUGGUGCUGAGUGCCUCUCUGGAUGGGACAGUGCGAGCAUUUGACCUUCACAGGUAUCGAAACUUCCGAACGUUCACAUCACCGCGACCCACUCAGUUCACCAGUCUGGCUGUGGAUAUGAGUGGGGAGAUUGUGUGCGCUGGCUCACAGGAUUCCUUUGAAGUAUUUGUCUGGUCAAUGCAAACUGGCCGUUUACUGGAGGUGCUGGCAGGGCAUGAGGCUCCAGUUAGUAAUCUGAGCUUCAGCCCAUCACGCACACUCCUGGCUAGUGCGUCAUGGGACAAAACAGUGAAAUUAUGGGAUAUGUUCGACAGCUGGAGCACCAAAGAGACUCUUGUCCUGAAUUCAGAUGUGCUGGACGUUGCGUUCCGUCCAGAUGGGCAGGAGCUGGCAGCUGUCACACUCGAUGGUCAGAUCACAUUCUGGGAUCAUCAGAACGUGGUGCAGACCGGCUCCAUCGAGGGACGUCACGAUCUGCAGAUGGGCCGCAAGGAGCUAGAGAAGAUCACAGCCAAGCAAGCAGCCAAGGGCCGGUCAUUCUCCACGGUGUGUUAUUCAGCUGAUGGCCUGUCAGUUCUGGCUGGUGGACAUUCCAAGUUUGUCUGCAUUUACAACGUGAAAGAGCAGCUCCUGGUGAAGAAGUUUGAGAUUUCGUGUAAUCUCUCUCUGGAUGCAAUGGAGGAGUUCCUGGAUCGCAGGAAGAUGACGGAGUUUGGAAGCAUGGCACUGAUCGAUGACGGUGCUGGUGAUGAGGAUGGAGUGGCUAUCAGCUUGCCAGGAGUAAAGAAGGGUGACAUGAGUUUACGACACUUUAAGCCGGAGAUCCGAGUGACAUGCCUUUCCUUCUCACCGACAGGCAGGAGCUGGGCAGCCACCAGUACAGAGGGGCUCCUCCUUUACUCGCUGGAUGGUUGUGUGGUCUUUGACCCUUUCGAUCUGGAUGAGGAGGUUACGCCGAGCAGCGUGAGGCGGGUCCUACGUCAGAAGGAAUUUACAGCAGCCAUCAUGAUGGCACUCCGCCUGAAUGAGGCCAAACUGAUCCUGGAGGUUCUGGAGACUGUGCCUCACACAGACAUUGACCUGGUGUGCUCAACUCUGCCUCUGACGUAUGUGGAGAAAGUCCUUCAGUUUGUUGCCUCGGCUCUGGAAACCUCACGGCACCUGGAGUUCUUCCUGACCUGGGCCCAGCGCUUACUCACUCUCCACGGACAGAAGCUGAAGGCCAGGUCAGUGGUGUUGCUGCCAAUGAUCCAGGCUCUGCAGCGGAGCAUCCGACAUCACUUUGACACAGUGUCCAAGCUGUGUGACUGGAAUCGCUACAACAUGAGGUAUGCACUCACCCUGUCCCAGCAGAAAGGAAUGAAACGCCCAGCAGAAUUGGCAGAGAGUGAUGAAGACAGUGACUCUGAAGGAGACACCGAGCAACUGAUGGAUGUGAGUGACUAAGCUGAGAACCCCCAGAAUGGUUCUGUUGAUUUACAACAACCUCUUGUUGUCCUUCAGCAACAUCCAUGGGGACAUCACAGUCUCAAAGUGGUAGCUACAACAAGAGCCCAGUCAUCAGGAACCACUUGUAAUUUGGCAGUGAAGCAACAGCAUGUGGGCUAUACACUGUGGGAUGUUGUAUAUCUCGACUCGUUAGAUUAUGGAAUGAAAACAAUAUUCACGAUGAAUGGAAAUAGUUCUUUCUCAUGGGCUGACUGCUGGGGGAACGUACAAAGAUUCAUGCAGGAAGUCUCCUCGUGAGAAGUGUCCCUUCUCCAAAACUGUGACUUAUUGAAUGUGGAAGGAAACAAACAUGUUUGAUGCUCUGUUUGACUAAGACUGCUUCCUCCUGAUGUAAAUGAUGUAUAAUACAUGUUUUAAUAAACUGUGGAUGGUUGUAUUGA